AUGGGUUUCAAAUUUGGAUAUAGUACAUUACGCUGGCAGACACCAGACUUUGAAGAAUUGUUGACGCAACUGAAGGAUGCAGGAUGGGACGGUUGGGAGAUGCGGCAAUCCUUGGACUGGGUAGGCACACCUCAACAUAUUCGACAGGUAUGUAACAAUACGGAUUUACCUAUCGCUGCUGUAACAGCACGCGGACUGCCGAUCGACAAAGACACAGAACAGAUGGAACUCAACAAACGGCGUAUUGACUUCGCCGCAGAAGUUGAAGCCGACUGUUUCAUGUUCAUGGGUGCGGGAAAACCCCAAGACCGUCCAGUGAACAAUUCAGAUCUCGCCGCGCUCGCUGAUGUCUCCGAGGCGUGGGCAGAAUACGCCGCACAAUACGGUUUGGAGGUCUGUUAUCAUAUCCAUACCAAUACGACAGUGGACUCGAUCGACGACUGGGCGAAAUAUAUGAGCCUCCUCCGAAAGUGUAAAUUGUGUAUAGAUGUAUCACAUUCCGCACUCUGGGGGUACGAUCCGAUUGAAUCCAUUCGACGUUAUAGCGAUGUCCUCGCCUACGUUCACCUGCAGGAUUAUUGUAGCGUAACCGGCGGCGAUGAUGACACACCUUACGAUGUGGGUUGGGUAGAUGUCGGUGCCGGCACUGUCAUGGAUUUUCCGGGUAUCAUGUCCACACUGGCGGAACUUAACUAUGACCGGUGGGUUACGGCGUGUCCGGGACAGGUUGAAGAACGCUCGGAUCUCGAACGCAUGACGGUGAACCGUGAGUACCUGCACCAAUUGGGCUAUUAA